GGCACGUAGGAUACGUAGCUCAGUUAGGAGCGGACAUUUGACUCUGACAACAACGGGGUACAAAUCAGGCUGGCUGGAUUGUUUCGUCAACUUUGUGCAUGUUUUUCACCAGUGUGUAAAUGAUUACGGACCACAUGUGUGAAGUAACAUACAAAUCUACUUUGAUUAAACAAGUUAUAUUGGGAUUCCCUCUCCUGUUUCUCUUACCGGAAACACACACCACCAUCUUGGCUGCACUACACCUAACCCAAUGAGUGUCCCAUACGCUCGUAUAUGGUCCUUCGACCCCGGAUGUGCUUCAAGAUGGAUCCUGAAACUCCCAGUGCAACUGAGCCUGCAGUCCGACCUCGCCCUCCAAGAGAGAGACACCUUCCUGUUCACCUAGCCGAUUACGAUGUCCAGCUCCCACCUAACCUCCAUCCAGAGCCUCCUCCUGCUGAUUCGUCUUUGCAGAGACCAUCUAGACCAUCAAGACAUGCGUCUAGAUCCAUUUCCUCUGGCACGGUGUCCAGUACUACAUCCAGAUCUCAUCGCAGUGCACAACGCAGAUCUCCCAGACAUGGACUCUCUGAUUUUCAAGCUGCCAUGUUGGAGGAAAGGCUAAAAACUCUGGACUUGGAAGAACUUCAAGAGCAGAUAGAAGAGGAUGCCAUUGUAGAUAAAGAGUGUGAGAGAAUUGAUGCUCAGGCUAGAGAAGCGCAGUAUAGACAGGAACAAGCCAUUAAGGCUAGAGAGUUGCUAGCUAAGCAGGUAGAGAGCCGGCGGCGUCUCAAAAAGGUUCGAAAUGAACUUGAGGUUGCUAAAUAUGUUUGUGUACUUCUUAAACCGGAAUCUCAAGAUGUUAGUGUUGCUGCUUCACAGUCCAGCAUAGCUGUUGAUCCUCUGUCUGAGGUAAGCACCCAACAACAUAGAGUAGCUGCUACUACUGAUCUUGAAUCAUCUGCCCAAGCAAUGCCUAGUCAUUCUACCCCUUGCCAUGUUAACGUUGUACCUGUGUCAUCAGUAAUGCCUUCCCCCAUAUUACCUGCUGUACACAUCACUACUUCAGUAGCUGAAUUCCCGUUCAGUUCUGUUACCUCAGCUGCUGAGGUAACCCAGCCCAACAUAGUUACAAGGUCAUCGGCUUCGCUAGUUACGGCACCGCCCACCUUAAUAGCUAAGCCAGAUUAUGCAGCUCCUUUACCCUUUAACCCAGUUGUGGUGGCCAGGCCACACCAUUACUCAGAUACCUCCGUCACCUAUAGUCAGACACCCCGUGUCAAUGUUCUACCUACAGUCCCAUCUACAGUUCCUGUAACAUUAGGGGCUCCCUUACAGGCUCAGUCCUACCAGGCCACAAAUCCUAACCCUCAUUGGACAGUGAUGUACCCUUCUCCAACCCAACCACCUGGUCUGGAAAUGUUAGCUGCCUCAGCUUACGGAGUCCCAAAGCCUGCUAUCCCAUUCUUUGACACUGGUCGAGAAAGUGACUUUGCACUACUGAAGAUGGCGUUAGAUAACGUAAUGAAUAACCAGCCUCAUUUGAGUGAACAUUACAAAUAUCAGGUCCUUUUAAGUCACUUAAAACUCCCCAGCGCUCUCCAGUUGGCCAAAGCAUAUAUGUAUGACCCCAGACCAUACACAACCGCACUGCAAGCGCUGCAGGAUAAAUAUGGCCAACCACGUCAACUGGUUCAGUCCGAACUAAGUGUCAUACUGAAUGCACCAGCAGUCAAGUUCGGUGAUGCAGAAGCCUUUGACUCUUUUUCCCUAUCUAUCCAAACACUAGUAGGGAUGCUCAGAACUUUGGAAGGCCCAAAUGGGUAUGAACUGCGCUGUGGCUCUCAUGUUGAUCGAUUGCUAAGCAAGAUGCCACCAUCAUAUCGCGACGGGUUCGUUGAGUACUGUUUCAGCCGAGGUAUUUUGCAAACUGGAACAGACCGUACUUAUACAUUACCUGAUCUGUCUACAUGGCUGCAGAUGAAGUCACAAGCAAAGUGCAUUGCCAAUAAAGCAGCUACCAUGUAUCAGACUGAUACAGCUAGAUCCACCAAGAAAGAUCAGCAAAGGUCAGUGCCUUUUCGUCCAAAAGAGAAAUUCACAUCUAUCUUGUACUCAGCUGAGACCAGUUCAGCCUUGCAGGGACAGAUGAAAUCUAAGCCCCCCUCUAAGAUUCAACCCUUCUGCCCUUACUGUAACACCAAGGACCACUUUCUUAAUGCAUGUCCCAAGUUCAAGAUACUGACUACAGAGCAAAUAAUACAGUGGAUAUCCAAAGAGAAGCGCUGUUGGAAGUGUGGGCGAACUCAUAACCCAGAUAGUUGUACUCUGAAAAGAACCUGUACAAACUGUAAAGAGUUACAUCUGACCAUCUUGCAUGAUGCAGCCUUACAGAUCCAAAAAAAUGUGCUGUUGAUCAACGUUCCGACCCCUCAGGUCUAUUUAGACCGGCCCAACAGAUCUCAGAAAGUAAUGCUCAAGAUAGUCAAGGUCUUACUGCACAACCGAGAGAAAUUCAUGGAAGCAUACGCAGUGUUGGACGAUGGUUCAGAGCGUAGCAUUAUUUUGUCACAGGCUGUAGAGCAGUUGAAUCUCCCUACUGAACCUGAAAUACUCACACUGCGCACGGUCCAUCAGGAUGUAGUUAACCUGUAUGGAGCCACUGUUUCCCUUCAUGUGUCACCCUUGCACAGACCAUGUAGGAAAUACUUGAUUCCUCAUGCGUUCACCGCAGAUAACCUGAGACUUUCCGAACAUUCCUACCCUGUGUCUGCUCUUCAGCGCAAGUAUGAGCAUCUAAAGUCCUUGCCAUUAUCCUUGAUUGACCGAGCCCAACCUCUAUUGCUCAUCGGGUCUGACCUGCCUCAUCUGCUCACUCCUGUCCAACCAGUUUGCAUGGGACCUGCAAAUGGUCCGAUGGCCAUUUGUACCAGACUUGGUUGGACCCUCCAAGGUCCCACUGGGCUCAGUCAAACCACCCUUUCCACCCCACAGUGUCUCCACAUAACCACAACCACAACGAAUACUGAGCUAUUCAAGAACGUGGAACGCCUCUGGCAAAUUGAUACCCUGCCCUAUGUAAAUGAGAAGACAGCCACUCGCUCCAAGCAUGAUCAGUAUGCCUUUUCUCUUCUCCAGACACAUACCACCAGGGUAGAAGUCAGUGGAGUUAUGCGAUACGCCACUCCCUUGCUCAGACGGCCCAAUGCCGGACUUCUUAAAGCCCCCAAAGAAGCAGUGAUGGCGAACCUCCGAAGCACAGAGCGUAAACUUGCUAAAGACCUUAGGCGAGCUGAGUCUUACUGUUCCGAAAUGAAGAAACUGCAAGAAGCUGGCUAUGUGACAGAGAUAUCAACACAAGACGCUGAGCAAACCCCGGAGUCGUGGUAUAUCCCUCACCAUAUGGUGACGCAUAACAACAAGGACAGAAUUGUUUUCAACUGUUCUUAUUCAUAUCAAGGCCAAGCUUUAAAUGACAUGCUCCUGCCUGGACCCGUUCUUGGUCCGUCUUUACUUGGUGUCUUGCUGAGGUUCCGUGAACAUCCUGUAGCCAUCAGCGGAGAUGUGAAGGGUAUGUUCCACCAAGUUCGCCUCUUGCCCAAUGAUAAGCCUAUUGUACGUUUUCUGUGGAGAGACAUGCAUAGGACAGAACAGCCUAAGAUCUAUGAAUGGCAAGUCUUACCAUUCGGCACAACAUGUAGCCCGUGCUGUGCCAUACAUGCACUCCAGGAAAUAGCUGAAAACCACCCGCAAGUGGAUCCAGCUCUGGUGAGAACGGUCAAAAGUUCCUUCUAUGUAGACAACUGUCUUCAUAGUCUUCGAACUGUUGCAGAAGCUAGAGCACUCGUAGACAACCUACGACAAAUUUUGCUCACUGGUGGGUUCGAGCUCCGUCAAUGGGCUAGCAAUCGACCUGAAGUUAUUCAGCAUCUUCCCUCUGAAGCAAGAUCACAGAAUAGUGAACUCUGGCUAUCACAGAAGAGUACUGACCUCCUGGAAGGUACACUUGGGCUACUGUGGAACUGCCUCUCAGACUCAUUCAGCUACAAAUCCAGCCAAUCCGAAUGCCCUGAACCCACUCUGCGUAAUGUCUACAGAGUUUUGGCAUCUCAAUAUGAUCCCCUGGGUUAUCUAAUUCCAUUUACAACCCGAGCCAAAGUGCUGGUCCAGGAUUUGUGGAAGAAAAAUCUAGGGUGGGAUGACCCAAUCACAUCGGAUAACCUGUUAACCAGAUGGCAAGACUGGCAAAAGAGCUCCACAGUUUGAAUCAGAUUGCAAUCCCAAGGUGUUACACUCCAUUUGAAGGGCAUGUGGAAAUCCGCAGGCGGGAUUUACACAUAUUCUGUGACGCAUCUGAGAGGGCCUAUGGCUCAGUGGCCUACAUACGCACAGAAAACAAUGAAGGACAUGUAC